AUUGGGGAAAGGGGAAGCAGUGGGGCUUUUGCCCCUCUGCCCCCUCAGAGACAUGGGGGGGAUGAUACAGUUGGCUGUAGCCAGCUCACAACCUACCCAGACAUGGGAAGGGGGGUAUGAUGGAUAGCAGCAGGCCUGUUGCUCCCUCACUCAGACAUGAGGAAAGAAGGACAAUAUCAGUAGCAGGGCUCUGUAUACUGCCCCCUCCCAGGAUGAAUGAGCAGAGCGACUGCAUUGCCUUCUCUAGGCAUUAGUUUGGAGGAGGAUCAGUGUCAGCAUUAAGGUUAUUGUCCUGCGACUCUCCUUCACUCAGGCCUGCUUGAGGGGAAGUCAUGUCAGCAGUAGUGGUAUUGCCCCUUGUCAGACAUUUGUGGGGGGAGAGGGAGAAGAGAUAGUGUUAUCAACAUGGCUAUUGCUGGCCCUGGACAUGGGGGGAGGCCCUGCAUUCUCAGAACAAGUAUUAUACCCUGCUUGGCCAAAUGGGAGAUCAGGGCUAGAAGUUUAUUUCAAGUCAUCUUUUUUAUUUCAGAUCAUCAUUUUUCCCUAGUCUUUUUCUGUGUGUCCGUGUAUGUCUUUUGCCUGGAGUGUAACAUAUCCGCACAAAUACAGGCUUAUGAAGUCAUACGGGAGGCUCAGUUAGUGCUUGAUUGAUAAUCCAUACGGAAGCGAGAAUAGGUAGAGUUGAUGACUUGAAAACAAUUGGUACAUAAAAAGAAAACUAGAGGGGAGGGUUGAAGACUUUCAGUAAAAUAUUGUAGCAUAUAUUCAUCCCCCCCAUCACCAGUUGAACAGGGCUUUUUGUUCCUUGGGGGCAUGAGAGGAAUCUCUUCCUCCAUUAUUUCAAAUGGGGCAAAUUCAAAUAUUUUAGGAAGGGAGGUUUUAUUUGGAUUUCCUUUCAGCUAUUAACUGGACCUGAAGAGAAUGUUGAGAAUAAUUCUCGCUCGAAGCUGUUCUUUUCUAUAUUUAAUUUUCCCCUCAUCCAUGUAGUUUUAGCUGAGAACUGCAUGGGACUUCUUCCUCACUGAAACUGAGGAACCUCCAUAGGGUUGAUAGCCAUUUAUACUUCAUUCAACACACUACUUUUCAGAGAAGUAGCAAAAUUUAAGGUGUAGUUGAAGCUACAGAAUAAAAUGAAUCUGCUGAAAGGAAUUCCUGUUUGAACAUCACGGGAAAUAUCCCAGAUAAACUUGCUUUCAAGAGGUUUCCCCCAUGGACGUCAGAAUUUAGUGCACGGUGCAAGUGAAGCUGGAGCUGGGGCACCGAGCCCAACUCCGGAAAAAGCCCACCACUGAAGGGUUUACUCAUGACUGGAUGGUAUUUGUCCGUGGCCCAGAACAAUGCGACAUCCAGCACUUUGUGGAGAAGGUGGUCUUUCGGCUACAUGAGAGCUUCCCUAAACCCAAACGUGUGUGCAAGGAGCCUCCUUACAAAGUGGAGGAGUCUGGCUAUGCUGGUUUCAUUAUGCCCAUUGAAGUAUACUUCAAAAAUAAGGAGGAACCGAAGAAAGUUUGCUUCACAUAUGACCUUUUCCUGAAUCUGGAGGGAAACCCACCCGUGAACCAUCUUCGCUGCGAGAAACUGACAUUCAACAACCCCACCAAGGAAUUCAGACACAAACUUAUUAAGGCUGGAGGGGUGAUGGUAAUGCCAGAAGGAGCAGAAACGGUCUCCAGGCCAAGUCCUGACUACCCUAUGUUACCCACGAUACCGCUCUCUGCCUUCUCUGAUCCCAAGAAGACCAAACCAUCCCAUGGGUCAAAGGAUGCAAACAAGGACAGUAGUAAAGCAUCCAAACCACACAAAGUAACCAAGGAGCAUAGAGAGAGGCCAAGGAAAGACUCUGAGAGCAAAAACUCCUCCAAAGACCUCGAACGAGAACAAAGCAAGCCUUUGAAAGAUUCCUCCAGAAAACCAGCUGAGAACAAACUGCCUAAGGACGAGAAAGCACCUCCUAAAGCUGCUUUCAAGGAACCAAAACUGUCCCUGAAGGAGACCAAACUGGAGAACACUUCUCCAAAGGGUGGACCACAGCCGGAGCCAAAAUCUUCCAGCAAGAGGCCCUCCAAUGUGGAGUCACCAAAGCCUAGCGCCAAAAAGCAAAAAAAGAGCAGCUCCAAAGGGGUGAAGAACAUCCCAGGAACUUCUCCCCGAACCGCGUCUUCCUCAUAUCCAGAGAAGAAACAAACCAAGGAGAAGAUGAAUGCCAAAGUGGAGAAAGUAAAAUCUGAAAGUGAAGCCAAGGAGAUCAAAAAACCCGUGGAGAUGGAGGAGUCAAAUUCAGAGGAUGAAACUUCUUUUAAAUCAGAGGGGGUGAAGUCUGUCCACUCCAGUCCUUCCAACUCCAGUUCCAGCUCAGACUCCAGUUCUGACUCGGAUUUUGAACCAUCUCAGAAACACAGUCAAGGCCCACUGCGCUCCAUGGUAGAGGAUCUACAGUCGGAGGAAUCGGACGAUGAUGACACCUCUUCUGAGGAAGAGGCAGCAGUCAAAGCUAACCCAGUCAGCCGGGAUUCCAGAUUGAGUCUUAGCGACAGUGACAGUGACAACAGCGCGGACUCCUGCCUGCCGAGUCGAGACCCCCCUCCCAGUCAGAAACUACCGCCAACUAAUAAUAAGGCCUCUGGAAGAAAGAGUCCAGAAUCUUGCAACAAGCCAGAAAAGAUCCUGAAGAAGGGAACAUAUGACAAGGAUUGCUUAAAUGAGCUCAGUUUUGCUGGUACAUGCAUGAAUAACUCUGGGACAGCUUUACAGGCCUACACGGACGAAUUGGUGGAGCUUCACAGACGGCUAAUGGCGCUGCGGGAACGCAAUGUACUACAGCAGAUUGUCAAUCUCAUUGAGGAAACUGGGCAUUUUAACGUUACCAACACAACCUUUGACUUUGACCUUUUCUCCUUGGAUGAAACGACCGUCCGUAAGCUGCAGAGUUAUUUGGAAGCAGUGGCAACAUGACGCUUAGCCUUGGAAGCGGGCUGCUUUUGAAACCAGAAAUCCCAUCUCUUGGUACCAGGAAAUAAACCCGUGGAACUAGGCCUUUUUACUCUCUCAAUUCACCCGAAGCACUGCCUUAGAGAACAGCCAUGCUCUGUGAAUGCACAGCCUGCUGCACUUUUUUCAAACAAGCACCCAUAUUGCUGAGUCUGUCCUCCCUCGCUUCGUAAAUACACUUGAGCACAGGUACUGAUUAGAGCAAAAGAUGUGCUGCUCCCAACCACACAAGAGUGUGACCUUUUUUGGUUUUACUUCAAGAAAUUGUGUCAUUAAGAAUACGUUUUCAGGUGUCUCUGAGAGCUGAAGAAAUUUGGACAAUGCUUUCUUCGCUGAAUCCAGGGACCAACUUGCCCACAAAGACUCAACUGAGUUAGAUUUCUCCCAGCUCGGGGAAGAAUUGUUUGUGCUGUGUAAGCAAGAUUGGCUUUUACAAAGCUAGCCACGUGACUUGCAACAGAGAAUGCUUCCCAAUGGGUCCUGUUGGUCUGUUGCAGAGGAAGUGGAUAGUUGUCGCUUUUGAUCAUCUGCAAGUUCUAGAGCGGUUUGGUACAACGUAUUGUCUGUAAUCUGAUCCCUGGAAGGCAUCGUUUCAUAUGCAGAGUGCAGGGCCUUAUUCUGUGUUUCAGCUUCUCAGAGAGACUGAGUUUGUGCUCUUUGAAGAGGCGUCCAGAAUCUGCUGUCUCCCACUGGGGUUUUGAGACUUCUUGUUGAUCCAAGCCCCUAAACAAAGUCUCACUCCUUUCAGUCUGCUUUAACUGUAAUAGGACUACAAAACUAAACCGUGUACAAGAAUGUGCUAUGGCAAGGUUAAGAGGAUUACCAGGAAAGGAUGAGACUACAGUACUAUCUCAAGCUCUGCAACUGGAUAUGGCUAAGUGAAGGAGUCGCACCAGAGACUUAGCUUUUUAAUGUUCUGCAGAUCCCUUGGGCUGUUCAGGGCUUAGUGAGUACAUUUAAACUAUAAGAGUAGUCAGUGCUUGUUGAGACUAUUUUUGAUGGAGGGAGUGAAUUCUGUAAUGUUGCAUUAUGUCCAAGCCCACUCCCAAAACUUUUUGGGUGUAUGGAGAAUGGCUCCAGGUAUUCAAAGCCCCAAAAUAACCUCGCUCCAGAGACUCUAGCCAAGGGAUGUGCGAUGAGUGAGGCCUUCCCCUCUAUGAAACAGUAACAGCAACAGUGUUAACUGAACUGUUUGUGUGGAAAGUCCCUAAGACUUUCACCUCCUCUCUUCUCCCUAGAUCAACUUCCUUCCCUGCUCCCAAAUCCCAUUUCUAAAUCAACUUCACCCCUAGCGCCCAUACUUACUGUAUUGGUCUUGGGACUCCGUAGCUUCCAGAUCUAUAGCACAAAGGACUAGAGAGAGGCACGCAGACACUUCCCAUCGUAUUAAAAACAGAACCUUCAUUGUGAUGCUCCCCAGCUGGGCCAAGGAGCAAGAGUCUUGAGGCUGUCCCUGAACAUAGCUGUGCCAUGUGGUAGUGCCUAGGGCUCUACCUUGGCCACUGUGCCGUCUGUCCUGGAUUUUUACUUUACUUGUGAAAUUUAACAAGUAUUACUAUUUCAUGGGAAUCUUUUUUUUAUAAAAGGUAUUUUACAUAUGAAUUUUUUAGACUGUUUAUAAUAAUCUGGGAAACCUGAAAUGGAAAUGUUCCCCCAACGAUAGUGUUCUCCUUUGUGUGCGCCUGCUGGUUGGUUAUUAACAGUACUUUGUUUCUCACAAGUACUUUGCCGGUAUUUUACCAAAUCAUUAGUUUUUUUGGGGUGGUGGUGGUGGUAGGAUUGGGGACCACAUGAGGAAUGACUCUGCAAACAAGGAAAAAUUGCUUAAAUCGUGGACCUCCCAACCUUUGUGUUCCCUCUUAGUUACGUAUAAGAAAAGUUCCACUUGUAGAUUCUCUAGUAGGCUGACUGGUAUUCUGAACAUGCCAUGUACAAGUAUUUGUGGAUAAAGUGUUUGUUCUUGUGUCACUCUUGAGAGCAUGGAUGGAUAAUUGUAAAAUAGAAAGGAGAUUUUGAUACUGCUACUGAUAGUACCACUACAAAUCUGUACGACGAUGCAUAGUAACGUGCAUUGUUUUAAAAAACAAAUGCAAUUGUCUGACUGUUUUAGCCAUAAUGGUUUUUCCAAGGAAAAUGGACAAAACUCUAGUUUACUCUAAAUGUCCUUCAGCUCGGUAUUAAGGGUGUGUACAAGUAAUGAUUAACCUGAAGGCUUUCAGAGUAAUGUGGAUGUGAGAUCAGGGCAUAGCUUUCCCUUUGUCCUUGGUCUAUGUAUAAAAGGGGUCAAGAACACUGUCCAGUUGUCUUGGUCUGAUCUGUAUUAAGCCUUGAGGCUUUCAUUACUGGCAUUUACUGGAGACACGGACAAAAGGUUGUGACCAGAUCACAGAAUGCCAGUUAGGAAGAAUAUUGGACACAAUAGUCAUGUAAAAUGGGCUUCGAUGUAGUCAGCCUGAAUAUAUGGAAGUGCAAUGAUUUAGCCACAAGUUCUUAUCCUGCUCUCCAUGGUGGGAGCAUCAGAACUAGUAAGGAGCUAGGAUGCAACAAUCUAGGACCAGUUCUUGUCAGAGAUCUUUAACUUAUUUUGAUGGUAAAACAUUUAAACUUCCCCUUAUGGAGCUUGCCCCAUCAUAUUCUCUGCAUGCAGAGACCUGUGUCAUUAUUGGUUCAGUAAAUUUCAAAUGUAAUGUUGUCCAAUGGCCACUAAUGGCUUUACAUGCACUAUAGCACAGUUGAUAUACUCAAAAGAAGCUUCCUUUAUCAUUUCAGGUGCCUGGCACUUGCUAGUUGACAUUUUGAAGUGUCAAAACUAGACACAACCAUUGUGCACCUUGUAAUGGUUAUUACUUUUAAAGAUAAAUUGAAAUCAGAUGGGUAUUGCUUUCAUGAGGCAUGAAAUAGCCAUCAAGAACUAAAGAGAUGAGUUUGCACUCCGAAAAGUGUGUAAGUACUUCAGCUUCUAGAUUUUUAAUUGUAUUCUCCCUGAAACCCAAGGUAUUAAAUACCUUGUCAUUUGAAGAUAUGAAAGGUUGUGCUGGGAAAUGAGUUCUUCACUCAACUAAAGAAAUUCAUCUGGCCCCCAGGAUUAAAAGAGAGAAGAAGAAUGUUUGUAAUAAGUUACAGGAUUGUUUCUGUCCUGAAUUUUAAACUUUUUGUUAAAUUUGUGGAAUUAUGGAGGAGUUUUCUAGAAAAACGUGAAAUAAAGUAAGAUGGAAAAGUAAAAACGA